AGCAAUCCUUGUAGGCUACUACGCACCAUUGCGCUCUGGCGCGGUGCGUCCGCUGCGGGCGCGCAUCGCUAAGGGCAACCGCGGCAUCCAGCUCGUCUUCAGCUCUGGUUGUUGCAGGCAAGAAGGGAGAGGACGGGAUUUAGAGAAACUUUUUAAAGCUUCGUCCUGUGGAGUUUUUUAUCCAGCUAUCUAACAGAGAUGACUGACAUACUGCGGAUGGUGUCAGAAGCGCACAGGCGGACUUUACCUACGCUCUCCCAGCUCUCAGAAAACGAUAUUGUCUCUAUUUGGGCUGAUGUAUCCGCCUACAUUGAACGUCAGAUGACCCUACAGAAGGGGGUGCACCUGGCAGGACUGGGAACCUUCACCUUCUCUCAGCAGAAGCUGGAUAUAGGACACAAGUUCAUCAUGAUUCAAAGACCCAUCUUCGUCCUGGCUGGGAAACUGGCCCAGUCUCUCGGCUUAAAGCAGGCCAGGCCACUGGCUGCAGCAACACACCUACCAGUGAUGCAGCUAAACUUUACAGCUGUGUCUCAAGAGACUCCGUUCAGUCGAGACGUGGUGGAGAGCUGCAUUAGAGAAACUCUGCUGCUCCUAUGUAGAGCUUUGGCAUCAGAACAAAACGUAUUCAUCACCUUCCAGGGGAUUGGAGUUCUGUCAUUUAAGAACAGCAAGGUACAGAUGAAAUUCAACAGAGAAUUUAUUAAUGCCAUGGAUGGAACUGGUAGGCUGCUGUUAGCCUUUAAUGAGAGACCGGGCAGCAGUGUCUCUUUACUGUCUGCUGGAGUGUCCAGGCUUCAGAGGCCACAGACUGCCAACCCCAUCACUCUGCCAACUGUCUGCUCUCCUCAGCUGGAAAACAAAGCUGGUGACAAAGAUGGAUGGUGUUUAUCGCCAGAUCCAGACCAGAGGAAUGCAGGAGAAGUUCCCCAGCAGAGAGAAUCUAAAUCCCAUCAGUCCGCCAAGGUGAAAGCGGUCACCCUGUCUGAAGAACUGAACCCAAAACCCCCUGUGGAGGCCAAAGACAAGCCCACCACCUCUAUCUCACCACGAGAGGUCAGCCCCAAACUGGAGGAACAUCGUGUGAAUGCCAGCUGCUCUGACCACACCCGUGCUGGACAGGAGCUGUGCUACUUGUGUAUGCAGCGAAUCCAAAAAAAUGCUGCAGUGUACCUGAGGGAGCAGCAGCAGGAAGAGGAGCAAGCUCAGGAGAAACUUCUACUGCUUAAAGAACAACAGAGAGACAAGCAGCUUAUGGAGGAAGAACUGGCAAAGCUGAAUGAGCAACGUGAGAAUGCAAAGCAGAUUGCUUCAUUCAACCUGCAAAUGUCUGAGAAGAAAGAGAAGACUCCUGUGUACCCUACUUCAUUCAUCUUUCUGGCUCGGCCCCUCACUCCUGCCAGGAGGAUUCAGCAGCAUCGUUACAUGAACGAUCUUCAGAGCCAGAUAGAAAGUCAGCGGCAGCUCAAGGCUCAGGAUCAGCAGAGCCGCAUUCUUAUGGAGCGUCUAGACAACGACCACCUGGCCCAGGAGAUAGCUUUGCAGAAGGCUCAGCAGCUCCAGCAGAAAUAUGAGAAAACUAAGAAUUACAAAAGGGCUCUGGAUACUCAGGUGGGCAAUAAGAAGUCCACAGGCCCUCCAGAGUACCAGCCUGACAACUCAGGGCUCAACCUCUGUGACACAGAUAAUGCAGAGAGCCGGGAGACGGCACAGAAGCUGUUUCAGGCAAACUUCAGUGCUGCCACCCAGAGGAAGAAGGAAAAACUGCUCAACCGCCAGGCACGGCUGGAGAAAGAGGAGGAAAUGCUCAAACAUAACAAAAUGGAGCUAAUAUUAGACCGCAUUAGUCGUUUUGAGAAAAAGCGGGACAUCGGUAAGUCAUUAGAGGACGAAUGGAGUCGCAGUGUGAAACUCAAACAUCAGCGUGAGGAAGAGGAGCAGCGCUUCUUGAGGUCUGCUGGUCAGCUUCUGGUAGAUCAGCUUGCUCAGUACAAGCGCUGCUCCAAGUGUAACAGGAGGACCACCAACUUUGGGGAGAGCAACAUCUGGAAAGAGUCUCACUACUUCUCUGGCUCACAGUUCAUGAUCUGAUGAUCUGUGGCUUACAGCAGCACUCGCAACCUAAAAAAACCUCAACCCUGACAACCCAUCAUAUGAUCACUAAAGAUUAACAUAAGUGUGAUGUACUUGGAUGUAAUGGUGUGCAGUAUGUGUUAUUUUGUGUUUACUGUGAGAUUUAUUCUUGCUUCUUUCCUGAAGCAGUCUUUGAAUUCCUGGUUG